UCCUGCAAGGCCUGUGUGGAGCCUAAAGGUAUUACCAUGGCUUCCAGCGCGGUUUCCGUGAAUGCUGCUGGCUCGGCAGAUGAAGCUCCCGAAAUUCCGGACAACGUGGGAGAUUGGCUUCGGGGUGUCUAUCGUUUUGCCACCGAUAGAAAUGAUUUCCAGAGGAACUUGAUCCUCAAUUUGGGACUCUUUGCUGCGGGAGUUUGGCUGGCCAGGAAUUUGAGUGACAUUGAUCUCAUGGCACCUCAGCCAGGGGUGUAGCCGAGUAGACAAUUGGAAUCCUGUGCUGCACCUGAACCUAUAAUCUGUGGCCACCACAAGAUAUGCCUUGAUGGCAGCUGAAGUUUGAUCCUCAUGGGCACCUUCCCCUUCUCUACCUGGUUUCAUUUUGUUCCAAGUCCCCUCAGAACUCCAUUUUCUGGUCAGCAGUCAGACUUCAGCUAAAGCAUUGCCUCUGGUCUGUAAAGUUCUGUACAU